UGUUAUUUGGACAGGAGUGAGAUUUGGGACACUCCACUGGAAAACUUUUCACUGCUGCAGAAACAUGGUUAAAGCAAAGGUCUGGGUCCUGCGGAAGCAUUUCGAUGGCUUUCCAAAGGAGAGCGACUUUGAGAUGAAAGAGGAGACCCUACCUGAGGUCAAGGAUGGAGAGGUUUUACUAGAGGCCAUCUUCCUCAGUCUUGAUCCAUAUAUAAGAGCCAUGAGUCAGUUGAUUAUGAAAGAAGGGGAUGUACUGUUUGGAGGUCAGGUGGCGAAGGUGCUUCAAAGUAAGAACCCAGCAUUUCCUGUGGGCUGUUAUGUAACUGCUCCUUGUGGCUGGAGGACACACACAGUGACCAAUGGAAAAGCCAAAUUUAGCCAAGACAUGGCCCAAGUCCUUCCUGAUUGGCCCAAAGAGAUUCCUCUUUCCUUGGCUGUUAGUGCACUAGGGAUGCCUGGUUUGACUGCUCUGUAUGGUCUGGAGGAGGUGAUGCAGGUGAAGCCAGGUGAGAUUGUGCUGGUGAGUGCGGCUGCAGGUGCGGUGGGCACUAUGGUGGGACAGAUCUGUAAGAUUAAAGGCUGUAAGGUGGUGGGAUCAGCUGGGAGUGAUGAUAAAGUGGCCUAUCUGAAGGAGCUGGGCUUCGACCAUGCUUUCAACUAUAAGACUAUACCAUCUCUGGAUGAAGCACUGAAGAAGGCCUCACCUGAGGGAUACGACUGCUACUUUGAGAAUGUUGGAGGGCCUUUCUUUACUGCAGCGCUGAAUCAGAUGAGACCUGGGGGACGGAUUGCUGUGUGUGGUGCAAUUUCACUGUACAAUGCCACCACACCCCAGACAUGUCCUUACCCCCACAUGACCAUUAUAACUCGCUGUCUAAGAAUCGAGGGCUUCCAGGCCAAUCAGUGGCCUGACAAAGAUGAGGCAUCUAUCAGAAGACUGGUCACAUGGAUGAAGGAGGCAAGUAGACCAAAUGAACAUCAGAGCAUCUAUCUAUCUAUUUCACCUCACAAAGUGCCUUGUAAUUGGCCGAUGAGUCUAACCAGGUGCAUUAAUUCAGGUAAAAUAUACAAAGUCUACAGGAACUACUUGCUGAAUAGGAGAGAGUGGGGCACAGACCAAGGUAGGGUAAAAUGUAACAUGUAGUCUUGUAUUCUCAUAGCAAUAUCAUCUGCAAAUUAUAUAAGCUAUUAAACUUUUAAAAAGUUUAUUUGCACCAUAAAAGUAACUUUUUGAUCAUAAACAUUUUUAAUUAUGUGCUUAAGUCAAAGAAUUCACACAUCUAUAUUAUUUUAAUCUCUCCUGGUGGCUGUAAAGCAGCACGGUAUGAUACAUAAAAACUACUCAAAAUGAGAGCCAGACAGACUAGAGUACAGCCUCCACAUGGUGAGGUUAGUUGUUUGGUGUUGUUGAGUGAGUCACCCAAGGAAAACAGUGAGAAAAGUCCAUAUCCUCCCAUGUAAAUUCAAAUGUUUGAAUACUACACCAUAUUACUGUAGGAUUGGUUUACUAUAAAUAUAUGUAAUUAAAAUAUAUUUCUGUUUUAUCUUGCUCAUAUCAGCUGUUCUAUAUUGUAGCUGAAAAACUUUGCCAGCCACUUUUUAACUAAAUAGCCUCUUUUCACUUAUCAUAAAAUUCUGGUGUAUUCAGGUCGGAAAGUUUGUCUGGUUUAAACAACAUAGAGUUGUAUUGAAUUAAUUGCGUUUGCAUUUAUUUAACAGAUUUUUAGCAACUGAUACAAUUAAACCCAACCAUAGAAUAUCUACAUCUGCACUCACUCUGCUUUUAAUUGAAUUAUUAAAAUGAAGACGCCAGAAAAAAGGUGACAGUUUCAUUUAUAGCAGAGAUGUGUAGGUCGUUUGUAUAAAAUUGAUUAAUCUCAUUUUUAAAAUGAAUUAGAAAAAACACCAACACGUUAGGGUGUGCCCUGCUCUUCCCCUAAUCUCCUACGGGAAAUCAAUACAGGCAAAUAAAACAACAGACCAGCUGCAAGAAUCUUGGAGUAUCCUACUACAGUAAUCUCUCAUAACAUGUUUUAUUUACUUUAAUGAAUUUAACGGCUUCUAUUAUUAGAAGCAUGUUUAGCGUUAACAGGUAUUUGGUUCUUUUCUCAGUCUCAAAAUGUCCCAAAAUGAUUGUGUUUGGUAAUCGAGUGUAUGCCACAGUUGGGAUUAGGUGGAAAAAUUCUGAAGUAUUCCUCCAGAACUGGUUUUGAAAGUGCAGUACAGACUCUAACCACUAGGUGAUGCAGUAACCCAUCCAUCCAGCUUCUCUGUCAGGGUCGCGGGGGCUGCUGGAGCAUAUCCCAGCAGUCCAUCCAUCCAUCCAUCCAUUUUCUAAGCCGCUUCUCCGUCAGUGUCGCGGGGGGGUGCUGGAGCCUAUCCCAGCAGUC